UAAAUUUUACAUUACAAUUCGUUUCACUAAACUAAAAGUAAACAUUAUAAACUGAUAUAAAUUUUACGUAGCUAACUCAUUUCUUUUAGAACAAAAAAGUUUGCAAAAAAAUGGAAUCCACUAAAGAACAAAUGCUUAUGAUGCACACCAUUUGUCGGGAUGAAUUGUGUGCGUUAAAAAUGAAUAUGGAAAAAUUCAUCCAAGAAAGUGAACGUUGUCAAAAACUUCUCAAUGACCUAAAUGCCACAGGAGGAGUUACUAAUAUCUUUGGCCUUAUCGUUUUCGAUCGGUACAUGACACAGGUGGUGAAUGUCUUAAAUAUGGCGCGUAAAUUUAACAUACAUCUUGAAAUUAAUAAUUUGGAUCAGACCGUGAUAAAUGCAUCGUCCAAUGGUUGUUUAGAGGAUGCCAAUUUUACCCAAACACGUCUAUUAAAAGAUUUUAUUGAAUGGAGAAGUACUCAUUUGGAAAAUGGAGAGGGAGAAAAAAGCCCAUGUGCUGGUAGAAUUAAAAUGGCAGAAAAUGUAUUUUCUAGCUAUGAAAAAGCCAAACAAAUAGAAUAUUUGGAGUUAAAUGAAAACAAUAGUUUGGUUAAAUGUCAAAUUGAAUCGAGGGAUGAAUGUGAAAUAAAUAAAUCGAAGAAAUUAAACAACUUAUUAGAAGUUUUAUUGCCAUCAAAAAUGCUUGAUCCCUUCAAAAGCGGCUAUGAGUUUAAUGCCUAUAUUGUUUAUGUGCGCGACUAUAAAAAGCUAGAAUUUUUUAUUUGCCAAAUGGAUGAUUACAAAACCUUGUAUGAUUUAAGCAGCAAUAUAAAUUUCAAGCCAAUUUCACGAGAGUUAUUGCAGCCGGACGAUGUGUUUUGUGUUUUAGAAAAAAAGGACACCACCAUGAGAGAAUGUCUAUGGAGAGCUGUCAUUGUUCCAGACGAGAAAUCUGGAGAAUCUCAAAAGUUUGUGUAUUUACUCGAUUUUGGAGAAAUUAUACCAUUAACAGAACAUUGCACUACCUUUGAAGCUCCGCAACGCUACCGAAAAAUACCUCCCCUUGCCAUAAAGUGUACAUUGGAAGGCGUGGAGGACUCCUUUACAAAGUGCAUCAUUAAAGAUCAUGAAAAAUGUGAGCGGGCCUUACAUAGAAAUGAAUUUGAGAAAGCAUCUUUUCGUAUGUUAUAUAAAGACGGCAGGGUGCUUCAUGUAGUAAUGUUAGAAAAUCCCAAAAACGACGACAAUGCUUCAAGAUUUGUAAACAAUAUGACAUCAAAUCCAUUUUUAGUCUCUGAAGAUUUGGAAAAUGAUGACACAAACUCAAGUGUAAUCUCGGCUGCAUUACAAUUACCCCGGUCAUUGAUGUACCAUGCCUCUCCGACAAAACAACCUGUUUUAAAUAUUUCCGCUGAUAUUGGCGAUAAAAUACAAAUUAUUGUAACACAUGUUGUUAGUCCAAUAUCAUUUUAUGGCAUCAUCCAGAAUGAUUACUGUAGCGAUUACAAAACAUUCUCUUGGCAUGAUCAUCAAGUAUUCCCGUUACAAAAACAUAUGUCUUCACCCCCUCAAUUGAAUGACAUUAUAUUGUCACAAUAUGUUAAAGAUGAUUAUUGGUAUCGUGCAAGAAUUAUGGAAAUUGACUCGGAAAAGAAUCUAUAUAAGGUUUUUUAUGUUGAUUUUGGAAAUACCGAAGUUGUGCCUUUAAGUAGUUUGGCUAAAUGUUCUAAAGAACAGCUGAAAGAUCCUUUACGUGCUGUCCGCUUUCAUUUGUCCAACCUUUCCAUUGUUACGAUAUCGGAUGAACAAAAUGUAUCAGAUACGUAUUGUAUGAAAACCCGUUUAAAAAGUGCAAUUGAAAACAUCGUGGUUAUGAUUCUGGAUCAAAUUCUUAAUGUUGAUGUUGUUGAGCGAACUAACAAUGACUUGGUUGUACGUUUAAUGGAUACCCAGUAUGCCGAUAUACCAAAGAUGCUUGUUGAUAUGGGCGUUGUUAAGGAAAUAUAAAUGUAUUCUUAUUAUUAAAAUUGGUUUACUUUUGUUUUAUUAUACUUACACCCUAAAGUAUUACAUUUUUUUAUACUAGUUUUAAAUAUAAUAUUUUAAUAUUACCAGUAGUCAUAGACAAACAGCAUCAGACAUACGGGUUUUGCAAUAACAAAAUAAGUAUAUGCUUUCUUACAGUCACAUUCAUAGAGUUUUCCAAAUAAUUUGGUGGUAUAUUAAACAAAUUUAGGUUAUUCUCAUUCAUUGCUUCCCGUCAAGUUGUUUGUAAUGUUG